AUGGGCUCCGACGAUUAUGCUGCUGUCGGUGGCGGCGGUGCCCUGAGACUCAAGGGCGCCAAAAUACACAAGAAGAAGAAGAAGCGCGAUAAGACCGAUCUUCAGAAGAACCUCGAUACCGGAAACAAGGACGAAGAGAAGAGAAAGAAGAACAGCGAGGACGGAGAGGAGCAAGAGCCUCACGAUGAUGAGGACAAACCCGAAGUUCAAAAGACGGAGGCUCAAAAGCGCCACGAAGAGAUAAAAAAGAAGAGGGCAGGUCUUUCAUUGCCUUCUAUUGUUGAAAUCAUGCUAACCAGUCUAUAG